AUGUGGAAGUCUGGGUCAGCCUCCCGGGCCCAGAAAAAUGCUGAGGAAUGCGAGAGUGGGGAGCGGGGGCUGAUUCUGGGCAACUGUGACGGACAUAAGUUCACAAACAGGAAUGAGACCAGGAGGAGUGGGAGGGAAUACAGCAGAGUGUUCAGGACCGGUUCUGAGGAUGGGGAGCUGGCUCUGGGCUCUCCACACGGCGUGAUGGCGGUCCCUGUGGCAUGGGGCAACUUCCUCCCAGUUUUCUCUCAGGGCUGGGGUCCUGACCUGACUCCACCCCCACCCCCAACCCCCCCAGAGUCCUGCUCGGAAGAAGACUAUUUCCUAGCUUACCUUACGACUGGGAGCUACCCACUGAGUUCUGGCCGAUGGGAUGCAGGCAGAUCCUGCACGGCCUCUGUGUCGCUGACAGAUGGUGAAGACAUCGGGUGUAGAGUGAAUCAUCAGGAUGAGAACAGCUGCAGAAUCCAGCAAGCCCAGGCUGUUGGCCGGGACCCACAGGACGACGGUGGAGGAUUCAUAAUCUCUCCGCUCUUCAGCCCCGCCAGCCCCCUUGUUCACCAACUACUCCCACGAGGGCACAACGUGAACUCCCUGCAAGGCGACGGGCGGACCAGCCUGGGAGAGAACAGAGGGCAGAGACGCUGGCUGAGAAGCGCCAGAGUCUGCGGACCUUUGGACGGAAAGAUCCCUCGCCCCCUGGCCCUGCCGGGCCUGCGAACUGGGCGGAUGGAGGCCGGCGCGCGCCCCGCCGCGGGCGAGAGCGCUCCAAGCCCAGCCGAGGGAGGAGCCGCCGCCCAGGUGGGACAGGUGCGCAGCCUGAGCCCAGGCGUUUCCGCGGCGGCGGCCAGGGGAAGCGACUGCUCCCUGGCCCGCGCAGGCAGAGCCAAACGGACCCUGGGCCUCAGGAUCCAGCUCUGGGAAGCCGGUUUUGUCUGCCAGACUCCACCUCGGAAGAAAGUCAUGGAAGCGGAAGGAUUAAGAAACUUCAAGGAACUUCGAGCCAAAUUUCAAAAUCUUGAUGCAUCAUCUCUUUCAGGACCUAUUAAAUUCCCAGCAGAUGUUUCUCAAAAGGGAGACUUUGGAAGCAGACAGUCCACAAAGACUUUGGCCAGUGGGAAACCCCCCUCAUCCAGCCACAAUCAGCACUCACCCAACUGUGCCGAUGGUGAUCCCCAGCCUCUUAAACCCCAGGAAGUGAAGGUGACUCAGAAGAGUGAGACUCAGAAAUGUUCUAAUUACCUGGAACCUCCAAGUUUUUCUGGUUCUGCAGUAAGUUCACAGAAGGCUUCUCCGCAGUUAGAUGUGUAUCAGUCAAAUGGCGAGAUAGCCAGUAAGAAGAAAGUCAUGGUGAAUGAUAGCUUCAGAAACAAGCUCUGGAGCUGGGAGGUUUUAUCUCAGAAAAGUGAGACACCAUCCAUCUUUCUCCCUGCCAGUUGUGGAAGCAGGGCCUUCCAUCUAAAAGAGCAGAAAAGUAUCAAGCUGACUCCAGAGGAGCCCAGGGAAAAGAUGGAAAUAAAAGAAGCCCAGUCCCUACCUUCCCACAGGCACCUGAUGGCCCAAAGAAGAUUGUGUGCCAUCUCUGAAGAUCCCACCGUUCGACUUUCUCAAUGUAGCAGGGAGAGCGGAACAAACUCCAGUCCUGAGAGGAGCCUGACAGGGAGUAUCUGUCACCCUGUCUAUGACAAUGAGCUCACCAGCCAGACCCCAGAGGAACAGCCAGAUGUCAGGCAUCCACAACUCCCCAAUAUCAAGCCACUGCCUUCCGUCGAGUCCCUGGGUCCUCCUCCCCCAAAGCCGCCAAGGCCCCCAGUCGUGACCCUCCAGGCCUUCCAGAGGCAGGCAGCUGCUCUUUCCAAGCCCGAUGGGGAAGAAGCUGCAGAAGAAGGCUACCUGCCUCCAGCGAGUGCUGAAUUUGAAGAACCACAUAAUUAUGAGGCAACAAUUUCCUAUCUGAGACACUCCGGCAGCUCCAUUAACUGGUGCACCGCAAAAAAAAUUGCCGAUUCAACUUAUGAAGUCAGAAUUGAAGAACUACAAAAGGCUUGGAAGAGUUUUUGCCAUCAAGAACUUAGAACCGAAGAUGAAGAUAAACAAAUGAAGGAAAAGGAACCAUACCAAUUGAAACUUCAAAACACAGAAGAUGUACACUUAGACCAUCUUUUCAAGGUGGAUAUCUAUGAAGAGAUGCCUGGGAAAACCCAGAUGGCAGAAGACCCCAGAGGUGGGAGAACCUUGCCAGCCAGAAAGCAGAAUGCUGCGAUGGACAUCAUCCGGGUGGAGGCUUGCCCUGCGGACUUCCAGCUGGCCAGGCACUCCAUAGACUACUGUGGUUAUGUGAAGACCUUGGAGAUGAAUAAAGAAACCCAAGGCCAAGGAGCCAUUAGGCCAAAUUCCACUUCAGAGAACUAUGAUGAUGUUGAGUGCUCUGGGAGUAAGAGUUCAGAUGGAAAAGCAUCACUUAAAAGACUGCAGAGGUUCUUCAAGAAAGAAAAACAUAGACUUAAAGUGAAGAAAAUCAAUUCAAGAGAAAAUAUAAGGGCAUUUUCCCUUUCGCUGCCUGAUUUAGACCUUAGGUCUCAGGAAGUUAUUAUCUAUGAUGAUGUGGCCAUAAAUGGAAAACAGCCAGAUGAUGAAGAUAAAGGAAAAUCUUGGAAGCCCAAGUUUUUGGCAUUGAAAGAAAAAAAGAAAAAAGGUGCUAAAGAAUCAGAAAGGAGUUUCUUCAAAACCAAGAAGAAAAAUUUAGAAAAGGACAGGAUGAAAAGAGAAGAAAGACUUUUUAGAGAAAGAUUCAAGUAUGACAAAGAGAUUACUGUCAUCAACACAGCAGUGGUGUGUUCCAAUAAUUCAAGAAAUGGAAUAUCUGACUUGCCAAUAACCCCUGGAGAAGAACUGGACGUCAUCGAUAUCACUGAAGAAAAUCUAGUGAUAUGCCGCAAUUCUGAAGGCAAAUAUGGACAUGUGCUAAUUGAACAUCUAGAUUUCAAGAAACAAGUUUGGUCACCUUAGAGAGAUCAAGAUCAAGUGGUAUGGUCUGCUCAAGUGUGAACUGGUUCUAAGGUCUCAGCCCUGCUUUAUAUUAGUUUAUGUUGCCAGCAUGAGACGGUGGAAUCUGUGGAAAUUUUCGUUAACAACUUAGAAAAGAAAAAUCCUCCACAUUUAGAUGUUGGUUUUAGUACUAAACAGUUAUCUUUCAAUGUCUAUUUCAGUAUGUAUUUCACUGCUGGCUCAAAAUGUGAAACAGUGUGUGUUGGCAUUUGAGCACUUGUUUAAUGAGCCAUGUCCAAAGUUAGAAAUCAUGCCUUAUGGCACCUAGUCAGUUGUGCAGAUGGUUAGUUUGCUUCUAAUGCUUCUAAUAUUAGUACACGAGUGUUUAUAAUUUCAAGAUGAUGUUGUGCAUUUACACUGGGUGUAAUUUAAUUCUGAUAAGUAAACAGUGUAACCAACAUCUUUCAAAUACUCCAAUUUCAGGUAUAAUCCUAAAGCAGGAGGACAUUUCUCAUUGAUUUUUAUCAUAAAACUAAAAAUCUAACAAAUGUUGCCAAAAAUUAGUUUCUUUGGGAAUAGGAUGCUGGAAAGUAGUUUUUUCCUAAAUUCACCCACCAUUUUGAGAAUUGCCUAAAUAUGUUUAAUAACAUUUAAAUUAUAUACUGUAUCUGUUUAAAAUAACCAUUUUUUACUUUAGACAACAGGAUAUUAUUUUGUUUAUGCCUUAAUAUGUAUUAAAAUAAUUUAUAAGUAUUUUUUCUUACAGAGAAUAAAAAUCAGCUGAGCUGUAAAUAACAUUCUAUUUUUCAAAUGAUGUACACGGCGUGUUAGGCGGGGUGACUCUGACCUUCAAGGGCAUGAUCCAUGGCCUCAUCCUCUAUACUGUGACACUAUUUUUUAAGCUUCUAGGUUCUUUUAUCUUUUUUUUUCUCUUGUUCCAAAUGGCAUGUGCCAAGAAAGGCCAGGCUUAUUCCAGAUGAAAAGUAUCAAAGGUAUUCAUAAGGCUUAGAGAGGAAAACAGGUGGAGAGAUUAUUACA